AUGGACGUAAACUUCUCCGAGAAUAUUAUUUUUGUUACGGUGAAGAAGGCCAAGAGAAACAGCAUAAUAACAGUUCUUGAAAAUGUCCCAAAAGAUAGAAUGAAGGAUAUACUCGGUCUUUGUAAGGAGAAGUUUGGGUGCAGUGGCCACAUUUUGAUAGAGAACGGAAAAGAGUCUAUUGCGCUGCAAGGAGACCAGAAAUUCAAGAUUGACAAGACCAAAUGCACAAUUUUUAAUGGAUUUGAGAUCAAGAUGGGCAAACUAAAUGAAUAA